CCUUCAUACCCCAUACACUAUGCUCCGUACUGGUCUUCUUGCACGUAGUGUGCCGUCUGUCCUCAACCGGAUGUUGAGUAGCUCUGCUCGGUUGGCGAGUGCCCCCACUCCCCCACCGCUCUCCAGGUCACCGAGGACGAGAGCAUGCUGAAGGAGGCAGUCGCCCGUUUCGCUGCAGAGGAGGUCGCGCCCAAGGUGGCGGCCAUGGAGGCCAACGAGGCGCUCGAGCCGGCGAUCAUCGACGGCAUGUUUGAAAUGGGCCUCAUGGGCGUCGAGGUGCCCGAGGAGCACGGCGGCGCCGGCAUGUCGUUCACCGCAGCCUGCCUCGCCAUCGAGGAGCUGGCCAAGGUCGACGCCGGUGUCUCGGUCACUUGCGAUGUGCAGAACACACUGGUGUGCAACACGUUCCUCAACUUUGCCUCGGACGAGAUGAAGGCCGAGUACCUGCCGCGCCUGACGUCGGACACGCUCGCGGCGUUCUGCCUCUCCGAGGCGAGCUGUGGAUCGGAUGCGUUUGCACUCAAGACGACGGCCAUUGCCGACGGCGACGACUACGUGCUCAACGGCGAGAAGAUGUGGAUCACCAACGCGAAGGAGGCCGGUCUCUUUGUUGUCUACGCCAACGUCAACCCGACCGCCGGCUACAAGGGCAUCACCGCCUUUGUCGUCGAGCGCGACGCGCCAGGCCUCUCGGUCGGCAACACCAUUCCCAAGCUCGGCCUCCGCUCCUCGUCGACCUGCCCGGUCGUCCUCGAAGAUGUGCGUGUCUCCAAGUCCGCCAUUCUCGGCGAGGAGGGUCUUGGCUACAAGUACUCGAUCGAGACCCUCAACGAGGGCCGCAUUGGCAUCGCCGCCCAGAUGGUCGGCAUUGCCCAGGGUGCCUUCGAUGCCGCCAUGGAGUACGUCUUUGAGCGCAAGGCGUUUGGCAAGCCCGUCGGCGAGUUUGAUUCGAUGCGCGCCGAGUACGCUUCCAUCUCGUGCCAGAUCGCCGCCGCACGCCUCCUCACCUACGAGGCCGCCCGCCGCAAGGAGCAUGGCCUGCCGUUUGUCAAGCACGCCGCGCAGGCAAAGUACGUGGCCGCGCAAGCUGCAGAGGCCACCACCUCCAAGGCCAUCGAGUGGGCCGGCGGCGUCGGUUUUGCCCGCGAGUACCCGAUGGAGAAGCGCUGGCGCGACUCCAAGAUCGGUGCCAUUUAUGAGGGCACCAACCUUAUCCAGCUGCAGACCAUCGCAAAGCUCGUCGCCUCCGAGUACAAGUAG